GUCGUUCUUGAUCGAAGACGACGACGCAGUAGACUUCCAGCAGAAGAUUCGGAAUUGAAUGAGUUUGUUAAAGAUCCUUGGAAGCCUUGCAUGAUUGUCAAUGCUGGUCGCAUGUCGAAUGCUAGAGUGCUUGCGAAGGCCGGGAGCUUCUGAUUGAGGGAUAUUAUUGCAAUCAGGCUGGGGACGCGGUGCCUGUAUCAAGCCUCGAGCUUAGCAUUGACCUCGUUGAGCCUUGUUGUGUUUUUUGGGGUUGAUUCCACUCAAUGGUGUUAGUACUUAGUUUCAAGGCUCUAUCUCUUUUGGAAGAGGGAGGCUCAGUUCUCGGGGCUUGAUUCUUGGUUUUCGUUUCGGGUGGAUUGAGGAUCAAGGUGUUUGUUGGCACUCUGAUAGGGAGGACUUUCUUGGGUGGGUUUGUGGCAUUUUGAGGUUUGAGAAAGCGGGUUGAAGUGGCUUUUCGAUGUCAAGUUCAGUUUUUAUUGUUUUGGGGAAACUUGGGUCGAGAUUUUUGGGAUUAGGGUUUUCUUGGACUAAAUAGAGCAGACGGGCCGAGUAGAUAUCGUGUUUCUUUCUAAGAAUCCGAACCCUACGAGGCAGAGCAUCUACAUUCCAAGAGUUAUUGGCUUCAUCUUGAGACGUGAAUUCUAGUUUGAGAAUGUAAGGAAGAGAAGCUACGGGUAGAAUUUUUUAGAAUUCAAAGAGAGAAAGUUGCGAGGUUAGAUAGACUGAGACAGGUGUGAUUCAUUCGAAAGGAUCUGAUAGAGCAAGACAGACAGGAUGGGUUCCAUGGGAAUGGGGCAACCCGCUACAGUUUCACCACUCGCUAAGUACAAGCUAGUGUUUUUGGGGGAUCAGUCAGUAGGCAAAACGAGUAUCAUCACGCGAUUUAUGUAUGACAAGUUCGACAAUACGUACCAAGCAACCAUCGGUAUUGAUUUUCUCUCUAAGACCAUGUACCUUGAGGAUCGUACCGUGCGACUACAGCUCUGGGAUACCGCUGGACAGGAGAGGUUCAGGAGUUUAAUUCCUAGUUACAUUCGGGAUUCGUCCGUGGCAGUGGUUGUGUACGAUGUUUCAAAUCGGCAGUCAUUUCUAAAUACAUCUCGAUGGAUUGAAGAGGUCCUAACAGAGCGUGGAAGUGAUGUUAUCAUAAUGCUUGUUGGCAACAAGACUGAUCUUGUUGAUAAGCGCCAAGUAUCAAUUGAAGAAGGUGACGCCAAAGCCAAAGAGGUUGGUGUCAUGUUUAUUGAGACCAGUUCGAAAGCAGGUUUCAACAUAAAGGCACUGUUCCGAAAAAUUGCUGCUGCGUUGCCUGGAAUGGAGGCUUUAUCGUCUCACAAGGAUGAUCUCGUUGACGUCAAUCUUAAGCCAACAACUAACCCACAGGGGGAGGGUAAAGCAGGAGGCUGUGCAUGCUAAAUGGAUUGAGGGAGCUGGCAGUCACCUCCUACACACCACAAAGUUUUGGAUGGUACACUUUCGAGGUAAUCUUGCCAUAUUCGGAAACUCCAUCAAGGCACUGCAAGGGUGAACACUGCGACAAGGCCUUGCUUAGUUUAGCUGGGGCUGGUAUCAAAUGCUCAUUUAGGUGCAAAUAUGACUUCAACGGCUCAUAGUUUAAUUGUUAGGUCAGGCUGUAGCUCUUAACAAAUGUCUUCAUUACAACGCUGCUGUAAAGAGAUAUAUUGAAUGCAAGAACUACAAGCUCAGAAUGCAUUGACCUGCACAAGUGGAUAUCUGUUAUUCCAUGCUUGCAGCGCUUUAAUUUAAGUAAAUUUUUGUAGUUUGUUA